AGUUCCGCUGAGUUAUUUUGUAUGUAUUCAAUUAGUUAUUUUGAAUGCGUCCUGGCAGAGUUGAUUUUCAAUCGGUCGAGAAAAGAAUAGAUUUAGUUGCUGAAUACUUUAACUGCAAAUUCAAAAAUGUCAAGAGUUUUGUUAUUUUCGAACUAUAUAGUUCGAAAUCUCGGUAGAGUAUCUGUUGUUCUCGCUCUACAUUGUCCUGUCUCGCUUUAACGUGUCUGAAAACUAUGGGAAAACUGGUACCCAGAACAGACUAUGGAGUUCCAAAAUUUGGCCAUAAUGCAGCGCACAAUGACAGCAGUCGUUCAGUCGUUGUCAAUAAAAAAACAUAUUAAAAGGCCUCGAUUACAUUACGGCAUCACCGACGAAGUUAGCGUGUCAAGUUACGUUUUGACAACUAUUAGGCGAAAAAAUAUGAACUCGGAGCAAAUUUCAGCGUUUGUGGAAAUUGCAGAAGCUGAUCAACUUAUUUUCGGUACCUAUCGGUGCACAGGCGAGUGAGGAAGCAGGAAGCAACAUCUGUGUGUGGGCGCAAGGUUACCGCUAAAGAGAUCGCGUGCAGGAUUUCAGGAUAUAGCACACGCGCGCCUGAUAAAGAAAGGGAGCGAAAAUGUGCGGCACAAUCGUGUGAAAAGGAAGUAGAGUGGACUAGCAGAGGCAAAAGAGAGAUGCUACACAGGCAGGAUAACGCGACCGAGAUGGAUUUUGUGUCGAAGCCCACGGAAAGGCCCGCCCGUGGAUGAGCGAAAAAGAGAGGCGAAAAAGAUAGGGUAGCUCUGGUGGGACCGCAAUGAAGAGAAGAGCGCGACAAGCGAAGGAAAAAAGCGGUGGCUCGAAAAAACGGUUCUGAAAUUACAUAAAACAGAAUUGAGUUCAAAUCGGUCGUAUAUCGUAAAAAAGGUGAAUUCGUUCCGAGGCGUGCUGUGUGUUGGUGAGUGAAGUGAAGAUAAGCCAACCGUUAGCAUAGGAUGUGCUAAAGUCAGUGAGCAUCUGAGAAGUGUGUUGGAGUGCUGGUUAAACGAAGAAAGUGAUAAGAGAUCUGUGCCGCGUUACGGGAAGAUGUAAAGCACAGCACAUAUUUGUGCGCUAGUGGUUUGUGGUUCAGCUAUAAAACAUACGAGGCAACAACAGCACACGAGCCGCCGAAACUAACCGGCUUCGGGUUCUUUCUCCAGUGCAACCCCCCUCUUCCUGCCACACCACUAUUGAUAUCGGUUAUUGUAUCAACUUCUCGAGGUACGUUGCUGCCCGUCGUCCCCAAAAGUGUGCGCUGAAGGUUACCAUUCGUGUUCCGUGUUGUGUGUGCGUGUGUAUGAUUGUUAAUUAUAAGUGUAUGUGUGUGUAAUAGGUUGGUCGGUAGUUGCCAUUUCCUGCCUCAAAACGGAUCAUCCUCGCAAACGGGGCAGCCCUCCUUCAUCGGUCACCGACGAGUCCUCGUCCUCGUUAGUCUUGUCAACGUCUGCCGGGGGCCGUGGGGGAGGAGGUGGUAGUGGAGGAGGAGCUGGUGGUGGAGGUGGCGGAAGUGGUGUUGGUGGUGCUGGUAGAGCAAGUGGAAGCGGCACUGGUGCAUCGGGUGGAGCAGCAGCAGUAGUAGUUACAGAAGGUGGUGGCAGAAGCAAGGGAAGAAAAGGAAGUGUAAUCGGUGGUGGUGGUGGCGGUGGCCGUGGUGGUGGUGGUGCUGGUGGAAGUGUUGGUGGCGGUGACGCAGAUCGGAGCAGUGGUGGCGGUAGUUCGGCGGCCAGUCAUCGGCAUCAAUCCGGAUACCCUCGUCAUCCGCAGCAAACGUCUACGGCGGGCAUAAACCCGACAACGGCAACGACCACGACUACGACGGGCUCAUCAUAUGAGAAGACCAAUAACAUGGCUUCAUCAAAUCACCGCGGUAUACAGAUUGGUUCCGCCUGGUUUCAACGCAAGAUCAACCUACGGCCGCAACACCGUGGCAUUCAUCUGGUGACGGAGGAGAUCCUACGGCAGAUGCCAGAGCUGGGUCAAUUUUCUGUCGGAUUAUGUCAUGUUCAAAUCCUUCAUACAUCCGCCAGUUUAGCAUUAAAUGAAAGCUGGGAUCCAGAUGUCCGGGAUGAUAUGGAAAUGAUGUUGAACAAAAUAGUGCCCGAAGGCCUACAAUACAGGCAUUCAUGCGAAGGUCCAGAUGAUAUGCCUGCUCACGUAAAAGCCUGCUUCCUUGGAAGUUCACUGACAAUCCCAAUCACCGACGGCAAGUUGUCACUCGGUACGUGGCAGGGUGUUUGGCUGUGCGAACAUCGGGACCACGCAGGCUCCCGGAAGCUGGUGAUAACGCUGUCCGGUUGUCCGCGAGACUCGGCCCGAAGUCCCCUUUCGCCCGUGUCACCAAUUGCCUCUACCUCCAGUUAGGGACGGCCGCGCUCUGCCCGCGAUAGUCGGUAAUCGUGGGUUAGAGCGGCUUUCUGCUGUAAGGUCAACAAUUGUUCAACUGCAACAACAACAACAACAACAACAACAUCAACAGCAAUUUUAACCAAAACAACAACAGCAACCACAGCAAGAAAUACUACUAAUGCUACCAGUAAUGCUACUACUACUACUACCAUUAUUAAACUAAAUAAUAAUGCUACUUACGACACUACUUUUACUACUACAACUACUACUACUAUCACUACUUCUAAAACUAUAACGGUAUCAAAUUGUAAUGAUUGCGAAUCUGUUUGAAAGGUGUUGAACGUACAAGCAAUUCCAAAAAGCGAGAGAGAAGGUUAAGAAGCAACACUUAACAGCUAACAAAAUAUUAAACAAAAGUAAAAACUAUACACACCAUCAAACACCUUUGCUAAUCGCUUUUCGUGGAUGAUAAGCGAAAGAUCCAGCAGCAUGAUCAAUUGAUUUGAUCAUGCAAAGUCGAUGUUAGCCAUGUCCAGUUGGAAAUAGUGAAAUGGAAGAAAUGGUAAAAAGGCAAAUAAAUAUCUAGCAAAACGAAUUAAUUACAACAGGUUGGUGGGUAGUGGUACGCGGCAACCGGCGAUGAAUUCAAUUGUUAAAGCAUUUUAGAAGCGUUACAAAUGAACAAAACAAAAAGCAACCUCCUGAUGCCGUCACUUUGAACAUUGCUACCAACAAUAGAACGAUAAAGCUCUGAUACAAACUUAUCCUUCCAGCGGGCGCGCGGAAUAGAGGCUCUUGUGCGUAAUUAUAGACGAAUGCAAUUGUUACACAAAACUUCAAUCCAUGAAUGUAGCAAUCCAGUGAGAAAAUAAAUAGUAGAUGUGCGCAAUAAAGGAUAGCGAGCGAGCAGGAUGAAACAAUAGUAUGCAGCACGGUCAAAUUAAGAACUGAGGAGUAUUGUAGGGAUAUAGGUGUGUUUUCUAAAGUGAAAUAAUGUGGAUACCUUAUGUUCUGUUGUUUGAUGGAUAAUUUUUUUCCCCCACAUUGUAAAUUGCUGCUGGUAAGCGACCACAUAUGUGCCGAUUAGUUGAUGAAGCUGUUACAGAAUGAUCAUCGAUAUGUGUAUGAUCUUUUGAUUUUGGGCCAACACAUCCAAUUCGUAAUGCAUUUCGGGGAUAAUUGUUGCUUCCGUUACGUUUCAAUAGUUGCCUUUAUAUAGUGGUGCCCCUUGUGUUUGGUUUUGGUUUGAGCAGCAAAAUCAACUUCAAAUCUGUACGUAAAUGUUUCAUACUCGUUAACGUUGUCAAACAUGUUAAGUAAAGCAUGCGUAAAUGGUAAAAACAUUGUGUACGAAUAAGGAUCUUUUCGUUACGAUUGAUUGUAAUUAUAUGAAGGACAAUAACUCAAAUAUUAUGUUUACAAAAUCCAUUUCACUUUUCAUUUCCAAAUAGUUUAUAUGAGUUGUCAUUUCGUCGGUAUAGUAUGAUAUAAUUGUUAGAAAACGAUAUGAUGAAUUGCAUGAAUGGAUGUAUGGGUUUGAAGUUGAUUUUUUGUUUCGUUACGUAUGACCAAUGCAACUCUUGCCAUGGGAAAGAAAAAUAACCAAACGAAUAAAUUGCAACGGUAAAACAAUAUGAAUGGAUGUUUUUUAUUGGUGAAUGUUAUAACGAGAGCGAUAUGUCAAUGAAAAGAAAACAACAAUUGUACAUAGUGCGAAUUUUCACAUUUUCUGUGAUUCAAAUAAAAAUUAAAAUCUUCAUAAGAAUGUCUUGAUCAAGCCACUCUAAAACAGUAAUACCGUCGAUUAUUGCCACUCGGAAGAUGUGUCGCAUCUGUUAUUUUUUAAAACGAUUGUUAAUUGCUUUAUCUUUACGAUUGCAUAGACAGAAACAUUUAUAAAUUAGUUACCUAAUUUGUUAAUGUAGUAAAUCGCAUAACAGUACAGCUACAGAGAGAAUCGUGUAAUAGUGUAGGCUUCUACUUUGAUGCUCCAUCAAGUUCAAGAAAAGACGCAUUCUAUGGUUCUUCCAAGGAAUGAUCUGCCCCAGACAUAUACCAAUGCAAUAAUGAACCCAUCGCCGCGGAAUGCAUUCCUGUUAAAUAAGGCAUAUAAAUGUGCACCUUGUUUGUUCGCAUCUAAGUUCAGUUAAUGCUCAUGAAUGACAAAUACACACAGCUUUCGGUUGAAAUAUUUUGUUAAAAAAUCGCUUUUUUUUUAAAAUACCGUUCCGAACCCUAUGAUGAUGGGUUGGGUACUGUUAUAGAUCAGAGAAUUUUGUACGUUUCCUUUAGUGUGUAACAGAACCGAUAUAAAGAAUGUAUUUUAAAUGUGCUCUUUUGAAAUGAAAACAAAAAAUGCUCCAACACGAUCAUUCGUAUCUUCUUCUUGUAUGAUUUAACUUUCUGUGGUGGUCGUUCCAUAAUACUGCACAAUGCAUUGUGGUAUUAUUAAAUAAGCAAUCUUGAUAACCUGCAGAAACGUUUCACGUUUAAAUUGGAAGCAGUAGUAAACAUCCCAUCUUGAUGAUGGUUUCACGUAUCAAUAUUUUUACACGAACUCUUUCCUUCAUUAAACUAACUGCACUGUAUAGUGGCAUGGGGUAAAGAUGGAGGUACAGAAAGUGAAAAAAUGUAAAAAAAACAGGCAGCAAUAAACUUUAGACAAAUGAUAAAUUCUGGAUCAACCGAUGAGAUACUCGGAUUUGGGGAUCUUACCGUGACGCAUCUAACCUGUCCCCGUUGCUAAAGCGCAGUGGCGCUUUUUUCGGAUAAACAUCCGCAAAGAAAGGCGUAAGCCAGGGCAAUUUUUGAAGCGCAAUGUUGGAAUACCGUUACUUAAAUGAAAUUUUCAUUAAAAUUCAUAACCGAUCAAUCUCCAUUUUGUCACGCGUAUAAAAGAAACCAGAAAUUGAACUUAAUAAAACAUCAAAUAAAAACGGGGCAAACACGUAGGAUGAAAAUGAAGUAAAACAAAAUAAAAAAUCUUGGUAUGAGCUUUAAACACGAAAUAAAUAUAAUAAAGUAAUAUAACUAACGUUAAACGAUUAGAUAAAGGCGUGCGCGUAUACAUUUACUAGCGAACAAUUACAGUUUAUGAGUUGGAACACUGAGCAUCCAUCAAACGAUGGCUGCCCCGCAGUACAAAGUACACGUUGAUAACAUACAGUUUUGUAAUUUAAAACACAAAAAUAAUACGUUAAGUUGUUGGACCAAAAACGUCUUAUUCGGUGUAUAAAAACACUCUUUUACCAUGUGGUUGAUUUCUGUGUAUCAUUUCUUUCCGUUGUAAUGCACUUCUCCAAAACAGAUGCACGGUUCGGUUCAUUACUUUAAAUGUUAAUGCUGUGUAAUGUGUUUCACACCUAAUUUCACUCUUUACAAUCUACUGUGUAAUGUGUUAUGAACGUGUACCGUAAUGCAUAGGCAGCGUCUGUGACGUGUUCGGAAUCCAUUUUACCACGAGCUCGAAGUAAAAUGAAAAACAUUGUUCCAUCUACCCAUAUAGUGUGGAUCGAAUAAUAACAUUAAGGAUGUAGUUAAGCAAAAAUUAGGCAGUAAACGUAUGCGCAGAGCAGAAAACAACAAUCUUUUGCAAGGCAAUUUAGUUGAAUUUUCUAGAACAGAGCAAUUAUUUAGCAUGUAAGCGGAACCGGUGGUACUUUGUAAAGUUAUAAUAUUAUUAUAGGGUUUGAAAACGAUAAAUCGGAUUGCACCGUAAUGAAGACGGCAACUCUACGUGCAGUUGGUGUAGUUGCGUACGCGAGGGUAUUAUAAAUUAGUAAAACAAAAAAAAACCAAACCUUUUGUGUGAGGCCUGAGUUUUGGCGUUAUGCGUUUGCAAGCAAAACAAAACCACAAGUAUAAGUACGAAUAGAACGGUGCCAGUAGUAGGUAGGACACAGAUUGGAUGGAUUUAAUUCAGUGCAAUGUUGAAAUGGCAGUUAGACACAACGAGAGUAUCUUCCCCCUCGUUCUUAGACUGGCGCACUGCAGUUUUGUGAGGCAAAGUUUUGUGUGUUCAAACACGUGUUCAAUAUUUCGCUGAAUAUAAACCAUCGGAAAUAGACGUGUGUUGAGUAUCACGGUGGGAUGGUUUGCAAUUAUCUAAAAAACAAUUCGAUUUUUUCGCUCACAUCUUUAUGCGGAACGGUUUUGAUAAUUUGGUCAUUUUUUUUCUCGACAAAUGGGUAGUCCACACGCUGUAAUUACAAAGGCUACCUAGAAAGCCUACGAGAAGCCUAUUUUAUACACAUAUAAAUCGUAAGCAUCAUUAAUCAAAAACGCAAACACAGCGAAUGCAGCCCAAGAAGAGGAAGAUUGUCUUACGCUACAGAAUGAGCUAUUCAUUUUCAUGGCAAAAACAAAAUAGAAAGAUGUAAUGUUGAAGUGCUGUAGUAAACAACCAAAAACAAAACAUAAAAUACCAAAAGAAAUAAAUCCGUCAACAAGCAGAUCGUAAGAUUUGAUUAAAGAUGAAGAUAUUUUGUAGUGUUCCCCUUUAAUCCCUAUCUACACGCGAUGGUAACUUCUUGCGAAAUGCCUAGAAAAGACGACGACACGCCCGGAUCGAUAGAUUGGAUUAUUGAAAUGAGGAACCCGUUGGAUUAUACAGCGUGUGUCGGAUGUGUCCCCAGUUAGAAUAUGGCCCACAGUUUGCCCAAAAAACGAUCAAUCGAUCGAUCCACGAAACAAAUCUAUUUCUUCGAAUGUUUUCAUGCUUUUGCGCUGUAAAAUAUUGUUGCACCGAUAAUAAGCGUCGAACCCCCCGGGGUAGGGGGAUAGAAAUGGAGCAGUUAGGCAAGCGGAGUUUGUUGGUAGAGGGAGUAUAUCAAUAAAUACAGGAAAGCAGAUUUAUGAUGCGUAAUAUGCAAAGAAUGUAAAAA